GAGCAGCAGACGGAGAUGCGCGUUCAGCUGCUUCAGGAUCUUCAGGAUUUCUUCAGGAAAAAGUCAGAGAUCGAGACGGAAUAUUCCAGAAACCUGGAGAAACUGGCCGAGAGGUUCAUGGCCAAGACUCGCAGCACCAAGGACCAUCAGCAGUACAAGAAGGACCAGAACCUGCUCUCUCCGGUGAACUGCUGGUACCUGCUGCUGAACCAGGUGAGGAGGGAGAGUAAGGACCACGCCACCCUGAGCGACCUCUACCUGAACAACGUCAUCUCCCGCCUCACACACAUCAGCGAGGAUUCAGCGCGCCUGCUCAAGAGGAGUAAGGAGAUCAUCUUCCAGCUGCAGGAAGACCUCAUGAAGCUUCUCAACGAGCUUUACACCGUGAUGAAGACGUACCACAUGUACCACGUGGAGACGAUCAGUGCGGAGACCAAGCUGCGGGAGGCGGAGCGUCAGGAGGGCCGCGUGAAGGGGGCGGGGGGGUCCGGGGGGGCGGAGCCUGUGUUCGGACUCAGGAUCGAGGAGCGCCAUCAGAGACGCAACGCCGCCCGCAAGAUGGAGAAGAUGAGGGAGAAGAGGAAGGCGAAGUACUCUGAGAACAAACUGAAGACUCUGAAGGCGAGGAACGAGUAUCUUCUGACUCUCGAGGCCACCAACGCCUCCGUCUUCAAAUACUACAUCCACGACCUGCCAGACAUCAUCGACUGCUGUGACCUAGGGUACCACUCCAGUCUGAGCCGGGCCCUGAGGACAUACCUGUCUGCAGAGCUGAGCCUGGAGGCCUCGAGGCGGGCGGGCCUGGAGGUUCUGGAGGGGGCGGUGGAGGGUCUGGAUCCAGCCCGGGACCGGCAGCGUCUGCUGGGCCUCUACCCCACCGCCUUCUGUCCCCCCGCACGAUUCAGCUUCCAGUCACACAUGGGAGACGCAGUGACCCAGAUCGCCUCCCAGCCUCAGCUGCAGGCCGAGCUCACGCUGCGUCUCACUCAGCUGCAGACACGCCUCGCCUCCCUGAAGAUCGAGAACGAAGAGGUGAAGAAGACGUGGGGGGCGACCCUCUCCACUCUGCAGGACAUGACGGUUCUCGAGGACUUCGAUGUUUCUCAGAGCUUCACUCACAGCCCGUCCUCUGAGUCCGUGAAGUCCAGCGUGUCGGACGGAUAUCUGAACAAACCGAGCCUCGCCAAGAAGAGAGCCAACCAGCAGGAGACGGAGCUCUUCUACUUCACCAAAUUCCGCGAGUAUCUGGAGGGAAGCAAUCUGAUCUCCAAGCUGCAGGCCAAACACGACAUCCUGAAGAAAGCUUUAGCCGAAGGAUAUAAAGCUGAGCUGCUCACCACCAGUCGUGGGCGGAAGAACUCCCAUAGCAAGCAUCAGGAUUCAACUAAAGCCAUACCCUUGCUUGUGGAGAGCUGCAUCCGUUACAUCAACCUGCACGGUCUGCAGCAUCAGGGAAUAUUCCGGGUGUCGGGGUCCCAGGUCGAGGUGAACGACAUCAAGAACUCCUUCGAGAGAGGAAACGACCCUCUGAUCGACGAGGAGAGUAACCACGACAUCAACUCUGUGGCCGGGGUGUUGAAGCUUUACUUCAGAGGUUUAGAGAACCCUCUGUUCCCCAAAGAGAGGUUCAAUGACCUGCUGUCCUGCGUCCGAAUAGAGAACAUGUAUGAGAGGGCUCAGUGUGUCCGUAAGAUCCUGCUGGGCGUCCCGAGGGCCACUCUGAUCGUGAUGAGAUACCUGUUCGCCUUCCUCAACCAUCUGUCCCAGUACAGCGAUGAGAACAUGAUGGAUUCUGGGAACUUGGCCAUCGUGUUCGGGCCGACGCUGCUGCCCACCCCCGACGCCCUGGACCAGGUGGCCUGCCAGGCGCACGUUAAUGAGGUCAUCAAGACGGUCAUCCUCAACCAUGACAACAUCUUCCCCGACACCAAGGAGCUGCCGGGGCCCGUCUACGAGAAGUGCAUGACAGGGGACCAGUACUGUGAGAGUCCCUUCAGUGAACCAGGAGCUCUGGAGGAAGCAGAGCCUGACGGAGGCACCGAGACUCAGACCAGCGACGAGGAGGGUGAAGGCGUGGAGGCGGUGGCGAGGUUCGACUACGUGGGUCGGUCGGUUCGUGAACUCUCCUUUAAAAAGGGGGCGUCGCUGCAGCUGUUCCAGCGCGCAUCACAUGACUGGUGGGAGGGGCGGAGCAACGGCAGCCGGGGCCUCGUGCCGCACCAGUACAUCGUGCUGAAGGACAGGAACGAGGUGAUGUCCGAGUCUCUGAGCCAGAAGGCGGACAGUGACAGCAGCGAUGACAAGAGGUCCCGCAGCGAGCUGAGCUCCCCCACCGACCCGCGCCCCCCCGACACCUACAACAGGUCAGCAUUCACCGCCGGAAGGCGUACGGACGGAUUGUUCCGGCGCCCCCCUCGGUCUGCGUCCUCUGAUUGCCAUGGUACCGGAGGUGGGGUGAUGAUGGACCGCGGUUCCCCCCCGGUGACGACGGGUCACUUCAGCCCCCGAGAACUGCUGCUGGGCCGCGGACAGGUGAUGACCCCUCCCCUCGACAACAGCCCCGAGCGCCGCCGCCGCUCAGCAGCCGUUACCAUGAGUCGCCAUGACUCCCUGCUGCGGCGCCCCGAGGACACGCCCCUCAUCAGGAGGUCCAGCAGCGGGAACCACGGAUUCACCGAGCAACACCGCACACUGGCUCAGGACAUCGAGGAGACGGUGAGCGUGGCCCUCGGAGAGUUUCGCCGCCCGGCCCCCGACGUGGUUCUGGAUACUUUAGAGAUGGUGAAGAACGGCCCUCCCACCCCCUGCUCCUCAGAGUCCCCCAGCCCCCACAGCACCCCCAGCACCCCAGGGACCCCGGGUACCCCCGUUACCCCGGGUACCCCCAGUCCUCUGAGUCCUCUGAGUCCUCUAAUUCCUCUCCCAGGACCCCCUCCUCGACCCUCAAACCCCUCCCCAGACACCCUGGGGUCGUUUAAACCCGUGGCGGCCGCUCGUAUGGGACCCCCCCUGCGGCCCCCCGCCCUGAAACCCAAACCCAUGGUACCCCCUAAGAGCAACACCCCCCCUCUGCCACCCCCGCUGGACAAAUCCUGCACCAUGUGA